AAGUCUCAUUACUGUUCGCUCUAUUUUCUUGCUCCGUCCCAUUCUCUCUUCCCCAACUAGCUCUCUCAUUUUGCAAUUCGCGAAGCUCAGUUGGGUUGGAGCAUUCUGCUUUCUUGAAUUUGGUGCAGAUUUCUUAGUAUGAAAGAAGAAGGAGCAUCAUGCAGCACUGACCCAGUUGCAAGACCCAUCCACCCUGCACUUGACCUGAUUUCAGCUGUGAAAAGUUUACAUGGUCUCAGCUCUCAAGAGCUGAGCAGGCUUAUAAGAGAAGCUGAAAACAAUAUCCUUCAACACAUACCUGAUAAUGGGUUAAACAUACAGAUUGACGUGGAAAAACUUGCAAGACAUCUUGCUUUGCACCUUAUUGCGGUGAUUUUGGCAUCAGAAGCCAAUGCAGGCUUACUCAAAUACUUGCUAUCUGGGUUUCAACUGUUGCACUCCUUGAGUGAUCUAGCAUCACGCAAUCCAAAAAUAGAGCAGAUAUUGCUUGAUGAUGUGAAAGUAUCAGAACAGCUGCUCGAUCUCGUUUUCUAUUCUCUUGUUAUUCUCUGUACUUACAGUAAGGUUUCAAAUGAUAUGGGCCUUUUGCAUUCUACUCUGGUUGCUUCCAGUCUCUACUUAUUGACUGUCUGUAUAUCUUCACAAUGGCAUGAGCUUGCUCAAGUUUUGCUUGCAUAUUACAAGGUAGAUGUACUCAUAGAUACUGCCUUUGCUGCUGUUACUGCUGAUAUUAAAAUUCUGCGGAGGAAUUUAUCAGCUGAUCAUGCUCAUUCCCAGCAAGAAUAUGGUCUUAAAGCUGAAGAAACUUUAAACCAUCUCUGCCAGCAGUGUGAGGCUUCUCUGCAGUUUCUUCAGUCACUAUGCCAGCAAAAAUCAUUUCGGGAGCGUCUUGUUAAGAAUAAGGAGUUGAGCAGCAAAGGCGGAGUUCUUUUGUUGGCACAAGCUGUGAUGCACUUAGAUGUAUCUCCCUUAGUUACGUUAUCCUCCUCAAUUAUUGCUGCUGUGUCAAGACUGAAAUCUAAAGUAUUGUCUAUUUUGUUGAAUCUCUGUGAAGCAGAGAGUCUGUCCUACCUGGAUGAGGUUGCCAGUACCCCUGCAAGCCUUGAUUUAGCAAAGUCUAUUGCUCUCGAGGUUCUUAAUUUGCUGAAGAAAAUGUUUGGAACGGGUUUCCAACAAUCUGUUGCUCCAUCUGACAAAAUUUAUCCGAAAGGACAGUUACAACUCAAUGCAAUGCGGCUAGCUGACAUCUUCUCAGACGACUCAAAUUUUCGGUCAUUUAUCACCACUCACUUUACUGAAGUUUUGACCGAAAUCUUUUCGGUCGCGCAUGGAGAGUUUGUGUCUAGUUGGUGCUCAUCUGACCUUCCAAUACGUGAAGAAGAUGCUACUUUGGAAUAUGAUCCUUUUGCAGCAGCUGGAUGGGUAUUGGAUUUAUUUCCAUUUUCUGAUCAGUCAAAUGCAAUGAGUAUAGAGCCAACUUUUGUUCCUUCCCAUGUGCCUCGACUGUCUUAUCCACAUCAGAGAACAUCAUUGUUGGUCAAAGUAUUAGCAAAUCUCCAUUGUUUUGUUCCUGAUAUAUGCAAAGAGGAGAAGGAUCUUUUUCUUAAUAAAUUUGUUCAGUGUUUGAGAAAAAAAGUUUCCGAAACCCCAGAAGGGUUUAAAUCCAUUUCUGAUUCUCAGAAAGCAGCCACUGUUAGCCGAAACCUUGGUUCCCUGUUAAGUCAUGCAGAGUCUCUGAUACCUGCCUUUCUGAAUGAGGAGGACGUGCAGCUUUUAAGGGUGUUCAUCACUCAGUUAGAAUCUCUGAUUACUCCCCGUGCACGCGGAGAAAAUCGAGUUCAAGAGGCUCAGAACCUGGAGGCAUGCUUGCCCCCUCAACUCAGGGAAGUAGCCAUGGAUCUUAACAACAGACUGAACCAGCUCUAUUCCAGGGUCAAUGGCAAAGGUCAAUCAGGUGAGGCUGGGAUGAAAGCCGAAAUGACAGAACAAGAUAAAUUUAUUGCUACAGAUAUAGAGAUGAAGGAUAUUGAGAAAGAUACUCAGAAUGUGGAAACUAGUGGCUCCGAUUCCAGCUCCUCACGAAGUAGGCACCCAACAGAUCAAGUUGGGAAAGUUGAGAAAAUAAAUUGCAAUGGUCCUGGAGAUGGUAGAGAGGAUGAAGUGGCUGAAGCUUCACAGCAUGAAGAGAAGCAACAAAGGAAACGGAAGCGAACUAUAAUGAACGAAAAACAGAUAUCACUUAUGGAGAAGGCCCUUAUGGACGAACCUGAUAUGCAGCGAAAUAAAGCGUCACUAGAAUUUUGGGCUAAAGAAUUAAGUGUUCAUGGUUCAGAGGUUACAAAGUCACAGCUCAAGAAUUGGCUAAAUAAUCGGAAAGCGAGGAUAGCUCGUGCUGCUAAGGAUGGUCGUACGCUGUCUGAAGGGGAUAAUCUUGACAAACAUGGUGGGUCCCUCGUACUACCUCCCUGUGACUCACCUGGCAGUCCUGUCGAGGAUGUCGGUAACCUCUCUGCUGCUAGAGAAAAUGUGCAGAGGGUAACUGGCCCGGCUCCGAGCACUUGUUUUACAGAAAACUCAGCCGCUGUAUCUGUAGCUUCAACUGAAACGGCCAAGUGUAUGGCAGGCCAGUACGUUGUGCUUGUAAAUGACAAAGCAGAAGAGAUAGGGAGAGGAAAGGUAUGUCAAGUCAGUGGCAAGUGGUAUCAAAGGGACCUGGAGGAGUUAGGGACCUGUGUUGUGGAUAUUAUUGAUCUCAAGGUCGACAGGUCUGCUAAGCUUCCUUACCCAUCAGAACUAACUGGAACAUCAUUUGAUCAGGCUGAAAGAAAAUUUGGUUUCAUGCGAGUCUUGUGGCAGUCCAGCAAACUUUUUGUGCUGCCAGCUCGGUGAAUCAAAAGCACCUCAGUUCCUGAUUUGAUAAUUACCGGGGAAUUCGAGGUCCACAUGUUGGCGGUCUUAUGAAUCUUUCCCAUGCUGUCACUAGGCUGAUGCCUGAACUGGAAAACUAUCCAGUUCUCGUGAAAGGCGAUACUAUCCUCGUGGCUUGUUGUGGAACUAUCUCGGGAUAGUUCACAUCAUACCGUCCAUGGUGCUGGCCGUGAUGAUAUUACUUCUGCAGAAAAGAUGCCCAGAUUCCCAAAGACAAGUCUUAGUCAUUUGCUCCCUGUACAUUGUGGAGGUUUAGGAUUUACAAGAUUACUGUUCUCAUGCAACAUUCUGUAUAACAUCCGAAAGUUUGAAAAAUGGCAGUUAAGAUGUGGCACAAUUUCACCUUACAAAACACUGUUAUUUCUUUCUUUUCCUCUAGUUUUUCUUAUCAGUGUGCA